UUAUGAAGCCUUGACGUUUCAGCCAAUGAGGAGACCGGACGCUGGGGGUAUAAAACUUGACGUUACGCACAAGACGCUACACUGGCACGCUUGGUCAUGAAGAACGGAAUCAUGCAGGAAAAUUUCGAGGAUUUGGUGAGCCCUAACUUGUGGAGGGCGUUAGCUGCCGAGACUUUCGGCACCCUAUUCAUCGUCCUUUUGGGGUGUGGGUCAUGGCUAAACUGGACCGACCCCCAUAAUCCCACCGUUGUUCAGAUCUCCCUAACUUUCGGUUUUGCCGUCGGAACGAUGGUGUGGGCGUUCUUCCACAUAAGUGGCGGUCACUUUAACCCUGCCGUCACCGCCGCCACCCUCGUCACCCGACGGGUCAGCAUCGUCAGAGGGGUGCUCUACAUGAUCGCUCAGUGCCUGGGUGGAAUCCUGGGAGCAGGGAUUCUGUAUGGACUCACACCUAGUGGCAUAAGAGGAACCCUUGGUUCCACCGUGGUGAAGAACGGCGUCACAGCACCCCAAGGAUUCGGGGUAGAGUUGAUUAUUACCUUUGUACUGGUCAUCGCAGUGUUUGCCUCAAAUGACGGGGUGAGGAAGGACCUCCGCGGCUCAGCCCCUCUCACCAUCGGCUUGGCUGUCGCUGUGUGCCACUUGUUCGCCAUUCCCUUCACAAGCUCUGGCCUGAACCCUGCCAGAAGCUUCGGCCCGGCAGUUAUCGUUGGCGGAUGGACUGAUCACUGGAUCUACUGGGUUGGGCCAAUCGUCGGGGGCGUGAUCGCCGGUCUUCUGUACGAGUACGUCUUCUCUGCCGGUGCCACCGUGGCCCAAGCCAAGAAGUGUCUCCUCCGACACAAGCAGUCGUACACCCCCGCCCAGACGGAGGUGGACCCCAUCAUCGAGGCGGAGGAGGGUGCCAAGACCGAGCUGGUUGAAAUGAACGACACGCAGAACACUCAGAACUCUAUCGAAGAAAAGGACGAGAAAAUUGAGGAGAAAGUCAAGUUGACGGAAGAAAACGAAAAAGAAUAAACAAUCAAGUCAAGACUAGAACAUUUUCAAAUUUUCGAACUCCUCACACUGGCGCUUUGUAUUGUUUUGUAUACUGUGUCCAUGUCUGCGGUGGUGUGGGGAGUUCAAGUUCGUGUUGAGUUGGACCAGGUCCAACUGCGCAUGUGCGAAUAGCCACAUUGGAAUAAACGUUGAUGUAGCAAAAUAUCAAAAUAUGCUAUUUCAAGGAGGAUUUGUUCCCGAAUUACGAAUUCAGAGAAAAAUACAAAAUACAACAUUUUUAAGUUUAAAAAAAAAAUCAAAUUUAAAUGUUGUAUUUUUAUAAAACUUUUGAAUCUACCUCUUUGAUAUUGUCGAUAAGAAUAUAUACCCAGGUGAAGCUGUUGUACCAUGUAUAUACCAAAUGUCACUGCUUCAGGUUUUGUACCUACGAACGAUUCAUGAAUCAGGCGCUGUAUCUCUGAAGAUGCAAUCAUCCCCGUCAUAUUUACAUACUCGAACUGCUGACAAAAACAUGGCAGCAUAUCUUUUUGCAAUCAACAUGCAAACACUGCGAUUCAGAAGUAUUUUCCUAUUGGUUUAUACAUCACCCCCUGUCUCUGUUUUUCUAGUCUUUUUUAUUUUUCGUUUUUGCAGUUUGCUCAAAAAUAGACGACUUUAGGUCCAUGUAGAUUUGUAGUACACAUCGUCACUACUUCACAGGCUUUAAAAGAUACAUUCCUUCCCUUAACCGACCGAUUAUCGGUGUAAUAUCUGUUUUUAGUCAAGCAAUCAGACCACGGCCUAUUUCACAAGAUUAAGACCAUUCGUCACUACUCGCCCCUUUCCGUAACCUCCAAGACGAUCGCUAUUCGGCUUGUCCCGGAAUAACACGAGUUGAUCACGAAUGGAUUAAAACAGCCAUUCGUCACCACUCGUCCCUUUCCGUAACCUCCAUUCGGCUUGUCCCGGAACAAAACGAGUUGGUCACGAAUGUGAAACCAGCGAGUGGUCGACCAAUGCGCGCUGUUUACUCAGAGACAACACGAGCCUUAGUUUCUAGCCAUCUGCUCAACGCACUGCGUCAGUAUUAGGCAACGGUAGGGAUCGCUAAAAGCACCUGUAUGGAGAAGUGCUCAUUACCAAGAGUUGCAACUUGUUUUUGGUUCUUCUUUCAAAAACAGACACCGUGGUCGUUUGUAUUGACGGUUUUAUGGAACGUAUACAAGCCUGUGAAGAAUUAACGAUGUAUUGUAUCAGGAUGGUGCUUUAGACCCCGAGGGGGAUACCGGCCAGUAUUUCUAGUGCUCAACCAUAUAUAUAUAUAUAUAUGGUGGUCCCGUGUACGAUAUGUACAACCAAGAGGCGUUUGAGUUUCUUGGGAAGGGGCCGUUGAAAUUCUACAGCAUUAAUAGUCACUGUCUUUGUACCAUACACAUGCUAUCAUUAGAAAGCGUUAUCUAUACGUUUGUCGUAGAACCAUCUCAUAAAUCGAAUCUUCAUGGCGUCAUUGUAGUUUUUUUCGAAUCUAAGUACCCCAAGUACGAGAUCACAUGUACCUAGUUUAUUUUAGUUAGAUCAUGUACUCUUUUGUCAUGUAAUAAACAGGUAAUUUGUAAA